GUUUCCUUAUGUUUGAUUUGGUUCAGAGCGCUCUGCUGUUCCCCGUGACGUACAUUUGACUCCUGACGCUUUAUCCGACCUACAAAACCCUAACCCUAGUACAGAUCCAUCGAUCCGCCAUCUCCGUAUCACAAUCCCAGGCUCCGCUUGGUGGUUCACGAUGAGGCCGUAGCCUUGGUUCCUUGAUCGGUGUCGGCGUUGGUGGUGGAUCGACUUCCGUGUAACCCUAUUUCGGGAAAUCAUUAUACUGGUUCUGCAAGUAUAAGAAUACGUACAGUAAUUAAAUCUAUAAAGACAAGCUUGAUGUUAGAUGUUACUUUUUCGCUACCAUUUGAUGGUUAUCUGAGAGAUGGGCUAGUCAUUUGAUAUCUGAUCUUGCCCUUGAGGUAGGCUAUUUGAGCCAUCACCCAGUGAUGGGCUCGUCUGGUGGAGCUUCUGAGAUUAUUGAAUCAGGUGAAGAAUCAAACUUGGCCAGUCGUUACGGUGGAUCUAAGACACUGAGUAUUAAGUUUAAACCGAAUGCACGAGAUGGCAAGUCCCAGGAUGUGGAAGAUGACCUUCAUGAACUUGUGAGGGCAAUAGAUCUCAGGACAUCAUCAAGGGUUAUCGGUCCUUCUAGUCAGCUAGGGGUUGACUUGUUGAGGAAGAAUGCGUUGAAGAAGCCAGUCAAAAUUGGAGCUUCUCGGCCAUCAGGAAUAGGAAUAUCAGAGUCCGUCACCUUAAAGCAGGCUUUGAGAAGGUUAUGCAUUUCCCAGGCAUCAGAGAUGGCUGCUAUGAAGAGGUUAUCAAAACCUGCUGGGUUAUCUGGGAGCUCUGAAGCUGGAACAAUUAAGAGGCUUUGUGCAUCUGUGGUGAUUCAGUCAAGCGACUCUGGCCUUCCUCUAAAUGGAGAACAGAGAAAUUUGGUCAAAAUAUCCAUUGUGCCUGAAAAGGUUGCAGCAGAUUCAUCAAAAAAGGCAACUGCAUUUGGUCAAGUGCGGAAUUUGGAAUCAUGUACUUCGAGUGCUGUUUCAUCUCCUCUAGCUGCAGUUACGCCAAAGGUAACUAAGAUCAGAAUCCAAGAUGUAAUUAAACCUACAUUAGAAGAGCUCUGUGAAUUUCAAUCAGCUGCAAUACAAAAAGAAAACAAGGGGAAAUCUGUUUCCAAAGCACCUGUUUCUAGUUCACAGGCUGUUGUUGCAUCAACCAAACUUAUCAUGACCCCAUAUUUAACCAAACCAGUACAUAGGAAUAAUACCACCAAAAAGAAAAGAAAGCCUGAGCCAAUUUCAGUACCCAGUGGUUCCAUCAAAGGCAGUGAAGUUGAAAAAAGUGGUGUUACUACAUCCAGAACCAAACUACAGUUUUCUAAGGAACCUGUUGUUCCUGCAUGUGUGACAAUGCCUACGGCUGGAUCAUGUUGUCCCAAGAAACCUGCCGCUCCUGCAUAUGGCACUAUGAAUCCAUCUGCCAAAAUUAGUAUGGAAGAUGUUGAUAGUGGUGCAAGCAAAAUUUUUUCCAGCCCAAAUAUCCAUGGCAGUGGUAGAGUAGCUGGUUCGAAGGCAAGUGAAUUAUCUAGCUCAAGAGAAAAAGGGGAGUGCUCCCAUAGUUCUAAAAGCAGCAUUGGGGACUACAGCAGCAGCACUAGCUUCAGUGAAGAGAGCAAUCAGAGUGGUUUUAGUGUUAAAAGCUGUAGGCCUCACAUGUCCAAGGAUGUGAAAUGGGUGGCCAUCCAUCGCAACCUAAUUCAACUAGGAAGCUUAGGCUUAAAGAACUUUAAGCUUCUCAAGCGACUUGGAUGUGGAGAUAUUGGAACUGUUUAUCUUGCUGAGCUUGUUGGUUCUGAAUGCUUAUUUGCAUUGAAGGUGAUGGAUAUUGAAUUUCUGAUCAGCAGGAAAAAGAUGCUGAGAGCGCAAACAGAAAGAGAGAUAUUGCAAAUGCUGGAUCAUCCAUUCCUUCCUACCCUCUAUGCUCAUUUUACAACGGAUAACCUCUCAUGUUUAGUUAUGGAGUAUUGUCCAGGCGGUGACCUGCAUGUCCUCCGACAAAAGCAACCUAGAAGGAGUUUCGCUGAGACUGCUGCUAGGUUUUAUGUUGCAGAAGUCCUCCUUGCUCUGGAAUACCUGCACAUGUUGGGUGUGAUUUACCGUGAUCUCAAACCAGAAAACAUCCUGGUUCGUGAAGAUGGUCACAUCAUGCUUUCUGAUUUUGACUUGUCUCUCAGGUGCACUGUAAGCCCAACCCUUCUCAGAUCAUCAUCGUUAGGUACACAAGAGACAGUAAGGCUAUCAGGACCCUGUGCUGAGAAUAGCUGCAUUGACCCUCUUUGUAUCCGGCCAUCUUGUGUUCAAGUUUCUUGCUUCACUCCUCGAUUGGAAUCUUCCACAGUAGCAAAGACACGGAAGCUAAAAUCUGACGGGCAGGGGCAGGUAAGACCGCUUCCGCAACUUGUGGUCGAACCCACUGGUGCACGCUCCAACUCCUUUGUUGGGACCCAUGAAUACCUUGCUCCUGAGAUUAUCAGAGGAGAUGGACAUGGAAGUGCUGUGGAUUGGUGGACCUUUGGGAUCUUACUAUAUGAGUUGCUUUUUGGUAUAACACCCUUCAGAGGACCUGGAAAUGAGGAAACACUGGCUAAUGUGGUUUCUCAGAGCUUGAAGUUCCCAGACAACCCAUCUGUUAGCUCUCAUGCAAGAGAUUUAAUUAGAGGCCUUCUAGUGAAGGAGCCAGAAAGUAGACUUGGAUCAGUCACAGGAGCUGCUGAGAUUAAACAGCAUCCAUUCUUCGAAGGAUUGAAUUGGGCGCUGAUACGUUCUGCUGCACCACCAGAGAUACCGAGAAGCCAUGAUUGUGCGACCCCCACAGUAUUUCAUAAGAAAAAAGAAGGCAAGUGUCUUGAUUUCAGGGCUUAUGGAGAGGAUGUGGAGUUUGAGCUCUUUUAGUUAGAUUCUCAACUCUAACUGCAAGAAUGUACUAGGCAUGAAAGAAGCCAUGAGUUUGCAACCCAUGGGGUUUUUCAUUAGGGGAAAGAAGGUAAGUGCCUCCAUUUUUAGGGGAUAUGGAAUUUGAGCUUUGGAAGAGCGGACUUGGUCUGAAAGAAGCCACAAUUUGCGACUCCCUCAUGCUGUUUCCUAAGAAAAAGGAAGGCGAGUGUGUCGAUUUCAGGGCCAAUGGAGAGUAUGCGGAAUUUGUGCUCUUUUAUAUAAAUUCUUGACUCUAAAUGGAAGAGUGUAGUUGGUUUGGAAGAAGCCAACGUAUUGAGAUCCUUAACAAGGAUAAAUAAGAUUAGUGUUUCAAUUUUAGGGUUUACUGAGAGGAUGUGGAAUUUGAGCUCUUCCAACCCUAAAUGGAAGGAUAUACUUGUCUUGGUGGCCUUUGCCCAUUAUCAGUUCCCACAUGUUGUGACACUUUCUAUGAUGUAAAUGUAGGUCUAGAUUCUUGUACCUCGUCAAUUACAUGAAUAUGUUUCUCAGAAAAUGAGUGUUGUAUAUGCUCUUAUUAUUCUUGACUUUUUGUCUUGUCAACUAAAUCCAUUUGUCUUGGUGGCGUACAGCAGCAAUUUUGUGCAGUUUAUUGACAAGUAAUAAUAUUGUAUAUAAAUAAAUGUCUGAAGUCUCAGGAAAUUUUUUGAAAA